AUGAGAAAUGAGAUUAAAAAAAUCAAGAGGUCUGAAUUUAUAGAUUCUUGUAAAUUAAAUCCUACAAUUGUAAUAGACUGUGAAUUUCACAGUUACGCCUCCGAAAAAGAAUCAAAGAGUCUUGCAAACCAGAUAAUGCAGUCCUAUGGAGCCAAUAAAAGAGCUGAAAAGCCAUUUAACUUGGUGAUUUGUGGAAUCAAACCUCAAAGUGACCUUGACAUGGCACUGUGUAGAAUUUCAGGUACUGAUAGGUGGACCUGCCAGUUAAGUAAUGAGUCACUGGAGAGUAUUUAUGAACCUGAAAAACUAAUUUACCUUUCGGCAGAUUCUGAGAAUGUUAUUGAGGAUUUGACUCCUGAGGGUAUUUAUGUCAUUGGCGGAAUUGUUGACCGUAACAGGCUCAACGGUAUGACUUACAACAAGGCAAGAAUAAUCGGAGCAGACUGUAAAAGACUUCCAAUAAAAGAACAUAUUAAACUCAUCGGAUCACAUGUUCUCUCUGUUAAUAACUGCGUUGAAAUAUUACUGAAUUAUUACCAAAAUAAAAACUGGGAAUUAGCCCUUAAAAAUACUAUACCUAAACGCAAAUUAAUUGAUUCUUAA